AUGGACAAAUUUCUUGUUAAAACACCACGAGUCAAGUCAGACACGGGAAAUGUAGCUUCCUCUUCCAGAAAACAGUUAAAACAAAAGACGAUUCAUUCUUUGAAGGGAGUGGUGGUUGUCGAAGAUAUUGAGCGGUUGAAAUCAAAAUUGGAGUUAUCAAGCCAAAGCACAUCUGUGUUAAUAAGUUCCCUGCAGCAAUUAGGCAAAAAGAUUCCACCACGGAAUGUGUUGGUAUCAACUAAAAUUGGUCACACUGUAAAUAAGCUCAGGAGACACCCAGAAGAAGAUGUUGCCAAGGAAGCCAAAGCUGUUUACAUCAAGUGGAAACACUUUUAUAAGGAACAUCUCAGUCGACCACAGAUUGAGGUCAUGUGCGACACAAAGACCCAGAAUUUUAGAAAUCGGGGAAAGAAGUUGUUAUCUGAAGCUUUGAGAGUUGAGAUUGGCCAUGAGAUUAUUGAAGCAGUUGAAAAAGAAGCGUUUUAUCAGCAUCGACGUCUGAUCAGUCCUGCCUAUCGGAGGUCCGUAAGAAAUAUGGUCUUCAAAUUGAUGCACACAGAUGAAGUCAGGAAUUCUCUUCUAGGUGGACAACUGAGUGUUGAGGAUUUUGUGAAACAGCACAAUAAGGUUUAA